UACACAAAAUCCUACGAGACUUUCUGAGUCUCCCAGCAAACCUCGCAAACCCAAAAAUCACUCUCCAAGCCAAAACUCUCAAAAAAUUUGCUUUUUGCUUCCCUUGCCAAGCAAAAACUCACUUGUUGACUUGACCCGAGCCAACAAAACUCUCUACCAACCUUACUCAAAGUCAACCAUCAUACACUUGGUGGUUCUUUGCGUUGUUGCUUCUCAUCCCCCCAUCCCAUCAGCAAGAUUACGACAAACGGCAACGAUCGUGCCCAUCAGCAGCCACAGGAAGAGCAGAGUGAAGUGUCGACCAUGAAGAGGAUUCUUUUGGGUCGAAGCGGAACUGGUGGUGGUGACUCGGCCCUUCGUCGGUUGAAAAAGCCUUGGCAUAAAAGCAUGGAAGCCGAUGACGAACAGGGCCGUCACAGGCUCGUCUUGGAAGGGCAAGAUGAAGAAGACGAAAAAAUGACUGGCGAUGAUCAAAAGAGGUCAACCGCCGAGGACGACCAAGACGAGGAGGAAGAAGAAGAGGAGGAGGACGAAGAGGACACUCACGCGGAAGACGAUGACAAGGACAGCUCCGAGUCCACCGAAGAGACCGAGAGGACGGAAGAAGACAAGCACAUGGAAGCUGCCGCGAUGGAUAUGACGGCUCUGGCGGCCGCUGCCAAGAGAAGCCACGAACAAGAGAUGGGGCCGGCUUCCAAAAAGCAGAAAUUGAAGGAUGCGGCCGCCGCCAGAGCUGCUCAGGAAGAUCACGAAAAGGCCGCGGCGGCUUCGGGAAUUGCGCUGCUCUUGGGAAAUGCCAACAAGGCGCUGGGACUCAAGGCGCCAGAACCGGCUCCUGCUCCCGCCAGCAGCAAGACUUCGUCGGAGCCCAGUAGUAACAAGUCCAGUCCUUCCAAGUCGUUUGGUGGAGCUUCUGGUAGCAAGGGUCCUACAUCGUUUGAGAUGUGGAAAAAGCGCAAGAUGGAGAAAAGCUCUUCUUCUGGAGGUAGAAACACACCUACCAAGACCCUCGAUACUUCCAAAAUCGGCAACCGACCAGCUCCAGCUGUGACUUCGCCAGCUCCGCCGCCUCCUGUAGCGGCUCCCAUUGCCCCUCCAGAGCCCGCCCCUGCUCCACCACCGCCAGCUCCCUCUCUGCACGAUCAUUUGCGAGAUGAAGAUAACGACGCCGCUGAAGCUUUGAAGGCCAUUAUGCAGUUGGGACAGCGCCCUCCCUUGCCCAUGGCGGCUCCCGCUUCGCCUUUGCCUCCGCCACAAAACAAUAGUGCCAUGGAAGCCAUGUUGGCAGAGGCUGCCAAAGCAAAGAGCCCCAAGCCCGCAUCCUCCACUCCAGCCAAGAUGAUGAGCAAAAAGCCAUUGCCUACCAAGCGUUCCCGUUCGUUUGGGAAUGGCAGCGACAGUCCGCCGAAUGCCGGUGUGCCUUCGGCGCCCCCGCCGGCUGCUUUGGCGCCUCCCCAUCAACCAUCUCAUCAGCCUCCUCCUCACGCUGGCAUGACGGCUGGUAUGAUGAAUUUCGCCAACAUGGCGGCGGCCAUGGCAGCAGCUGGUGCACCCAUGCCAGCCCCUCCUCAGCCGCCCGCUCCUGCUCCUAUCAGCACUAGUAGUACCACCACUACUAGCACCAAGCCACCGAAAGCACCCAAGAGCAGCAAGAAAUUGCAACAGGGACCACCCACCAAGAAGAAAAAGGUCGUGUCCAAAGAUGGCAAAAAAACAAAGUCGGGAGACAAGGUCAAGAAAGUCAAGGGAGAAGGCAAGAAAAAGAGCAAAUCCAGUAGUGCCAAUGGCAGUGGUGGUGGUGGAGAAAAGACCAGUCGCAAACCGCAGGCAUUGCCCGAAAUACUCAUGGAUUUGCUCAAUAAGAAUGUGGCGCCGGAUGCCAUUUUUUGGCUGGGAGGGACACAGAUUUUUGCCAUUAACAAGGACAAUUUCAAGAAAAAGGUGAUUCCCAAGUUUUUUAAUGGGAAAACCUUUACCAGUAUCACCAAGAGCUUGAACCUAUGGAACUUCACCAAGGCUCCCAAACAGCAGUUGCCUCCCAAUACCGUAGGAUACCAUCAUAAGCUAUUCCAGAAGGAUGCCCCACACCUUUUGAAGCAAAUGGUGGAAGGAGGCGGCUCGGGUGAACAGGCACCUUCCGGAGGAGCCUCGCAUGCUGCGGCACCUGUGCCACCUCAACAGCAACCCCCCGAGCCCCAAUUUCCCCCGCAACAACAGCAGGCACCCGCUCCUUCUCAACAGCAACAGGUGCAGAAUAUCCCGACGCAAUUGAACGCUAUGCCCAGGCCAGCCGUUCCAAAGAAGCCCAAGUCACCCUCGCCUCCUGUCAUGAUGAACUCCACGAUGAACUCCAUGAUGGUAGAGCAACCAAAGCCAGUCGCACCCUCGCCACGAUUGACACAACCUUCACCCGCGCAGGCUGCUGCUAACAUGGUUACCUUGGCCGAUAUUGCUGCGAAUGCCCGUCCUACCGGUUCCGGGGUAUCACAGUCCGAAGCGCAGGCUCAAGCCCAAGCUCUUCAGGCACAUCACCAGGCAGCAGCUGCGGCGGCUGCUGCAGCAGAUCCCCAGCGGGCUGAACUGGAGGCUUUGCAGAAUCGCAGUCUACAGCUAGCCGCGGAACGCGAGGCACUCAUGCAGUCCAUGUUGGGAGACCAACAGUCGAGUUUGGAAUUCUUGCGCCAGCGCCAAGCUGCGGGAGCAGAGGGCGCCGGUGGAGUUGACCAGCAGUCUGCUCUGGAACUCUUGCGCCAGAGGCAAGCCGCUGCGCAAGCUGCCGGAGAUCAACAGUCUCAGUUGGAGUUGCUUCGUCAGAGACAAGCUGCCGCGGGAGGUGGCGCAGGGGCUGGUGGUGCAGGAGGAGCCGCCCAGGAGCAGGCAUCUGCAUUUGAGCUUCUUCGACAGCGCCAAGCGCAAGCUGCUGCUGCCGAGGAGCAGUCUAGUUUGGAACUUCUCAGACAGAGACAAGCGGCAGCCGAAGAACAAUCCACAUUGGAGUUUCUUCGCCAGCGACAAGCUCAGGCUGACGAGCAGAACAAUCUCGAGUUGCUCCGACAACGACAAGCUCAGGCUGAAGAACAGCAAUCCGCCCUUGAAUUGCUCCGACAGCGUCAAGCGGCUGCCGGUGGUGGUGAACAAUCAAACUUUGAUCUCUUCCGACAGCGACAAGCGAUGGAUGUUGAAUACCUGUUGGAGCAGAGGAGAGCAGCAUUGGAGGCUGAGAACGCUCUCGCGGAACAACAGCGUGCCGCUGCAGUGGAAAGAGCAUUGGCGGAACGUGUCAUGUUGGAGCGCGAACUACUUGGCGGAGGCGGUCUUGGUGGGCUCGGCGGUCAACUUGGAGGAGGGCAAGGCCAAGAUCAACUUUCCCUUCAGCUCGCCCAGUUGAGGGGCCAACAAGGCCAAGGGGGUGGCGGCGGAGCAGGUGGUGGUGUUGAUCCAGUCAUGUUGUUGGCGCUGCGACAACAGCAGGAAGCUGCCCGCAACAAUAAUGCCCUCGAGGAGCUGUUGCUCUUGGAACAGCAGAGGCGACAACAGGCUGCGCUUCAAGCUCUCAUGUACAACCACCGAGGAGGAGGUGGUGGUGGAGGAGGCGGAGGACUUUAAUCCUUUGCUCUGACCAUUAUUGUGCCGUUUUGUAUUGUUGAAUGCCUUCUGUAUGGAAUGAAUGGACUUGAACCGGACUACCAACAAACACUGUCACCGAAUUAUUAAAGUAUUAGUAAGAAAAUUAUUUGGUUGCU